AUGCCCUCACAAGAACAGGUGGAGGAGAUCGAUGCGAUAAAGGCCAUUUAUCCAGAAAGCCUAAAAGAGCUUGGGCCCUCUAUCUUCAAUAUCACAAUUCCAGAGCACCAAGAUGUGGUGGUGCAAAUGUCGUUUCCCGAGAAGUACCCAGAGGAGAGUCCGAACAUUCUCCAAGUCAACACACUAAACACAAGAAAGUACUUUGAUAACGACUACAUUGAAAAAAAUAUCGUGGAGUUGUUACAGCAGACGUUUCGGCCAGGCGAAGUUGUGGUAUUCGAGCUCAUCGGCGAGAUCAAUGCUUUUCUAGAGAAAUAUCUCGAGGAGCACAAGAGUCAGAUCGAGGAGUUGACGAAGAAGGCCGAGCAGCAACAACAAGAAAAAAACGCUCCAAAGCAGAAAAGUGUUCAGUCACCACCAGCCGCAAUUCCGAACUCCAACCAGCCGACAAUUGACGUCUUUGAGGGCUGGACAAUCUCUGACCCUAUAGUAGAUAGAGGGUCCACGUUCAUAGCUUACGCCAGGGAGGUGCACUCGGUUGAGGAGGCCAAGCGUUACUUAGCACUUCUCCUCACAGACAGAAAGAUCGCUAAAGCUGCUCAUAACAUGAACACAUGGAGGAUUAAAGGUGAGAACGGAGUCACUUACCAGGACUGCGACGAUGAUGGAGAAACCGCCGCAGGAUCUAGAAUGCUACAUCUUCUAACGAUCAUGGAUGCGUGGAACGUUAUGGUGGUGGUGAGCCGGUGGUUCGGAGGUACUCAUUUGGGGCCCGAUCGGUUUAAGCACAUCAACUCUGCCACCAGAGAUGCAAUUGUUAAAGGGGGCUUCGACAUAAAGACAAAGAAGUGA